GCCGUGGGGCCGGACGCGGGUGUCCCGAUGCGCGCAGGAGCCGGCGCUGGGCUAUGAGCAACGCCACGGCCCCCACGGCCCCGGGCGCGGCGGGGGACUCGCUGGUGGGCUACGUCCUGGGACCCUUCGUCCUCGUCACCCUCCUCGGCGCCGUCCUGGCCGCGGUGAUGUACAUCCAGAAGAAGCGGAGGUUCGAUCGGUUGCGGCACCGCCUGCUGCCCAUGUACAGCUACGACCCGGCCGAGGAGCUGCAGGAGUCGGAGCAGGAGCUGCUGGUGCAGGCGGAGGAUGCCCGGGUGGUGCCCGGCUGGGGGGGGGCUGCGCCCCUCCGGCCCCUGCGCGGGGACUGGAAGGCCUGAUCCUGCUGCAGAGCUGGGACUGAAUCCUGCCCACAGGAGCCAAGGGAUGAAUGCAUCCACACCGGCACCGCUGCCUGCCGGGAAGGGCAGGAUGCACCCGGAGUAGCGUGGCACUGCUGGGGGCGAUCCCAGGCCAUGGGUGCUGAUGCUAACGGGUGAUCUCCCACCUUGGCACCAAGUUCUGCUGAUUUCUUUGCUUGAGCUGCCCUGCCAGCCCCUUAGAACGUCCUCAGUGGGGCGGCCGGGGCUGGUACUCGGUGCGGGAGCAUCCGGAUGUGGGCCUUUGCAGGGUGCGGGGGGCACGAUGCCUGUGGGGCAGCGGUGCUGGAGCCAAUAAAGGUGUUUCUCUGCA